GCUCUCCGGCCUUUUCUCCUGCCCGGUACUUUCGGUUUUCAGCGCUGGCUGUGUCAAAGCUUCCUGGAGACCUCCGGGACCGCGCCCCUCAAACUCUCUUGGGACGCAGCUGAACAGCGCAGAGAGAUCUGCCCAGACUCGAACUCCUGAGUGCAGUGAGUGAGCGCCAGUCGUUUCAGCCCUGUUCCAUCUCCUGAGCCGGCGGCACGCCGCCUCGCAUGCAACUGGCGUAUAACUUGCUGUGUGUGGUGAUUGCUUGUGUUGAAUCCCCAACCUGCACCCGGAGACAGCCCAAGGAUGUCACAGUGGUAUGAGCUUCAGCAGCUGGACUCUAAGUUCUUGGAGCAGGUUCACCAGCUGUAUGAUGACAGUUUCCCCAUGGAAAUCAGACAGUACCUGGCCCAGUGGCUGGAAAAGCAAGACUGGGAGCACGCUGCCUACGAUGUUUCUUUUGCCACCAUCCGCUUCCAUGAUCUCCUCUCUCAGCUGGAUGACCAGUACAGCCGCUUCUCUCUGGAGAAUAACUUCCUGUUGCAACACAACAUAAGGAAAAGCAAGCGUAAUCUCCAGGAUAACUUCCAAGAAGACCCUGUACAGAUGUCCAUGAUCAUCCACAACUGUCUGAAGGAAGAGAGGAAGAUUUUGGAAAACGCCCAAAGAUUUAAUCAGGCCCAGGAGGGGAAUAUUCAGAACACAGUGAUGUUAGACAAACAGAAGGAGCUGGACAGUAAAGUCAGAAGUGUGAAGGACCAAGUCAUGUGCAUAGAGCAUGAAAUCAAGACCCUAGAAGACUUACAAGAUGAAUAUGACUUUAAGUGCAAAACCUCUCAGAACAGAGAAAGUGAAGCCAACAGUAUGGCGAAGAACGACCAAAAACAGGAACAGCUGCUGCUCCAUAAGAUGUUUUUAAUGCUUGACAAUAAGAGAAAGGAGAUAAUUCACAAAAUCCGAGAGUUGCUGAAUUCCAUCGAGCUCACUCAGAACACUCUGAUUAACGAUGAGCUCGUGGAGUGGAAGCGGAGACAGCAGAGUGCCUGCAUUGGGGGACCGCCCAACGCCUGCCUGGAUCAGCUGCAAAGCUGGUUCACCAUUGUUGCAGAGAGCCUGCAGCAGGUCCGUCAGCAGCUUAAAAAGCUGGAGGAGUUGGAACAGAAAUUCACCUACGAGCCCGACCCUAUUACAAAGAACAAGCAGGCGUUAUCAGAUCGCACAUUCCUUCUCUUCCAGCAGCUCAUUCAGAGCUCCUUUGUGGUGGAACGACAGCCGUGCAUGCCAACCCACCCUCAGAGGCCCCUGGUUUUGAAGACCGGGGUACAGUUCACCGUGAAGCUGAGACUGUUGGUGAAAUUGCAAGAGCUGAAUUAUAACUUGAAAGUGAAAGUCUCAUUUGACAAAGAUGUGAAUGAGAAGAACACAGUAAAAGGAUUUCGGAAGUUCAACAUCUUGGGUACGCACACAAAAGUGAUGAACAUGGAAGAAUCCACCAAUGGAAGUCUGGCAGCUGAGUUCCGACACCUGCAACUGAAGGAACAGAAAAAUGCUGGGAACAGAACUAAUGAGGGGCCUCUCAUUGUCACCGAAGAACUUCACUCUCUUAGCUUUGAAACCCAGUUGUGCCAGCCAGGCUUGGUGAUUGACCUUGAGACCACCUCCCUCCCCGUCGUGGUGAUCUCCAACGUCAGCCAGCUCCCCAGUGGAUGGGCUUCUAUCCUGUGGUACAACAUGCUGGUGACAGAACCCAGGAAUCUCUCCUUCUUCCUGAACCCCCCAUGUGCGCGGUGGUCCCAGCUCUCAGAGGUGCUGAGUUGGCAGUUUUCAUCAGUCACCAAGAGAGGUCUCAAUGCAGACCAGCUGAGCAUGCUGGGAGAGAAGCUACUGGGCCCUAAUGCUGGCCCUGAUGGUCUCAUUCCGUGGACAAGGUUUUGUAAGGAGAAUAUUAAUGAUAAAAAUUUCUCCUUCUGGCCCUGGAUUGAUACCAUCCUAGAACUCAUUAAGAAGCACUUGCUCUGCCUCUGGAAUGAUGGGUGCAUCAUGGGUUUUAUCAGCAAGGAGCGAGAACGUGCCCUGCUUAAAGACCAGCAGCCAGGGACAUUCCUGCUCAGGUUCAGUGAGAGCUCCCGAGAAGGGGCCAUCACAUUCACAUGGGUGGAACGGUCCCAAAAUGGAGGUGAACCUGACUUCCAUGCCGUUGAGCCCUACACGAAGAAAGAACUUUCAGCCGUUACUUUCCCAGAUAUUAUUCGCAAUUACAAAGUCAUGGCUGCCGAGAAUAUACCAGAGAAUCCCCUGAAGUAUCUGUAUCCCAAUAUUGACAAAGACCAUGCCUUUGGAAAGUACUACUCCAGGCCAAAGGAAGCACCAGAACCCAUGGAGCUUGACGACCCUAAGAGAACUGGAUACAUCAAGACUGAGUUGAUUUCUGUGUCUGAAGUCCACCCUUCUAGACUGCAGACCACAGACAACCUGCUUCCCAUGUCUCCAGAGGAGUUUGAUGAGAUGUCCCGGAUAGUGGGCUCUGAACUUGACAGUAUGAUGAGCGCAGUAUAAACAUGAAUUUCUCUCUUCUCUGGCGACAUUUUUCUUCCCAUCUGUGAUGCCUCCCUGCUACUGUUCCUUCAUAUGCUGUAUUUCUAGGGAAAUGCAAGAAAGAACAGCACAUUUGUUAUACCCUGUUGAUAGCAAGUGGCUUAUUUCUCUAAUUAGAAACCUGUUACUCUGAAGGACUUCACGCAUCUUACUGAAGGUGAACUGGAAAGUCACUUAUCCAAGAUGGAUUUUGUAAACAAAACCCAAGAGAUCCACCCAAGCAUCAGGACUAGGAUGCAAGUGUUUUGGGAAAGGUGAGGAGCACAGUAACGUUAUCUGUAAUCAGUGCCCAAGUGCUGCACAUUAUUGGAAAGAUACACACUUAUGGGGGAGGGACCUCUUGAUGUAGGAAUAGUUCUGUCCCGGGAGAGACUGGCAUGUCCCCUCUCCUUUAUGGCUGAAAGUCUUCCACUGUUCUACAUAUGGCACAGUUUAAAAUCAACUUUAGAUACAAUGAUAUAUCAAACUGUAGUGGACAGCCUUCAUCCGAGUGGGAAGAAAAUAGUCGUGUUCCUUAUUGCAGCUUCUGCAUUGGCCAUGUUAAUCUGAAGGCAUGGUUGCUUUCUUCAGGGAUUAGUUCUGUUGGUGGCUAUGGCUAAACAAAACGAAACACCAAGAGAAGUAAGAACAUUUUCAUGAGUACUCUCUGUUCAGUCUAUACUCCGCCAAGCUACAUGGGUUUUGUUGUCUUUCUGGUCAUCGGUUGAAUAAAAUUGUCUCUGCACAUCCAUUAAGGGGGCCAGCUUUCUUAAGGCAAAUUUUUCUUUUAGUUGAAAUUACAGAUAUAGGUAAACUCAGCAGUUUAACUCAUGCUUUUUUAUUGUGCUGACUUUAUCGUUUUUAGCUGGUUGUCUUAAUUAGCCACAAACUUGGAAAAAAGCAGUAACUACUUGAAUCAUUAGGCAAAUAUGAGUGUCAGAUGAUUUUAAAGCAUUCCCUAUAAAUGCACUGAAAACCACGGUUACCGAUGAAUGUGUUUUUCUGACAACUACAUUUACAAACGGUUCCAUGUGUUUUAUCACCCUCUUGAGGGAUGAUGUUUUAUGGCACGUGCUGUUCUUUACUUUCCUCAGUGGUACAGACACAGCCUGAUGAUUCUGAUCUUGGGUUGGUUUUUCUGGGCAGCUUUCACAGACUGCCGUCCACACAGCUGCAGCGAGGGUGCUGUCCCAUAAUCCUCUGUUUUACUUUGGUGAAGAUGAGUCCACCUUGCAACCCAAAUGCAAGUGUGUACCACAGUAAGUGUGUACCACAGUAAGUGUGCACCACAGUAAGUGUGCUCCACAGUAAGUGUGCACCACAGUAAGUGUGCUCCACAGUAAGUGUGCACAGUCCUUAGCGCAGCAGGGAAGCAGAGGCCUCCUCUCUUUUCAUGUCAAAAUGAAAUGACCAAGAAACAAAACAUUUAAAAAAUAUUGUUUCUAAAUGCUGAGACCUAACCAUUGCUUACACUGUUGUCUGUUGAAACAGUUUGUUACGAUUUCAUUGUUGAACUAGCUCAGACUUUAAGAAAUGUUAAAAUUAUGUUAGUUUCCUAUUAUUAUCUAAUAUAAAGAUAUUUAAAAUGUC